AGCGCGGGGGCUGCGCGGCGCACACGGCCAUGGCCGCCACGGCGCAGUACCUGCCGCGCAGCGCCGCGCUGAUGCACCCCGACGGGGACCGGCUGCACCAGGGCACCACGUACCGAGAGGUGCAGAAAAUGAUGCACCACGAGUACCUGCAGGGGUUGGCCCCCGCCGCCGGGCACGCCGUCGGGUUAGCGCAUCACCAGUGGCUGCCCAGCGCCGGCACGGAUUGGGGCAGCGGCGGGGGCGGCGGCGGAGCGCACCUCCCGCCGGCUGAACACGCCAAAGGAGCCCCGCCGGGACCCCGCGAGGAGCUGGCGGCCGCCUUCCAUCACCGCCCGCACCUCGUGCACCAAGCGGCGGCGGGCGGCGGAGCGGCGGGCGGCUGGGCGCAAGGAGGCGGCCCCCACCUACCCCCUAUGUCCCCCCCGUCGGGGCAACCGCUCCUCUACGCUCAGCCUUACGCGGGGCUCAACGGGAUGCUGGGGCCGCCGGCUCCGGCGCUGCACCACGGGCUGCGAGACCCGCUGGGAGCCGAGGAAGCCGGAGCGCACGAGUUAGCGGCGUCCCCGCCGCCGCUCGGUCCCCCGGAGCCGUCGGAUGAGGAUGCUCCCAGCUCCGACGACCUGGAGCAGUUCGCCAAGCAGUUCAAGCAGCGGCGGAUCAAGCUGGGCUUCACGCAGGCGGACGUGGGGCUGGCGCUGGGCACCCUCUACGGGAACGUCUUCUCGCAGACCACCAUCUGCCGGUUCGAGGCGCUGCAGCUGAGCUUCAAGAACAUGUGCAAGCUGAAGCCUCUGCUCAACAAGUGGCUGGAGGAGACGGACUCCAGCACGGGCAGCCCCACCAACCUGGACAAGAUCGCGGCGCAGGGUCGGAAGCGUAAGAAGCGCACCUCCAUCGAGGUGGGCGUCAAAGGCGCCCUGGAGAACCACUUUCUCAAGUGCCCCAAGCCCUCGGCCCACGAGAUCACCUCCCUGGCGGACUCCCUGCAGCUGGAGAAGGAGGUGGUGCGGGUCUGGUUCUGCAACCGACGGCAGAAAGAGAAGCGCAUGACGCCGGCCGGGGUCCCUCACCCGCCCAUGGAGGACGUUUACGGACAGGCGGACACAUCCCCGCUGCACCACGGGCUCCCCGCCGCCGUGCAGUGACUGCGCGGCCCCGACGGCGGCCCCGGUAACGGCGGGCGCGGAAUCACCGCGCUUUAAUUUAUUCCUCAAGACUUUUGGGUUUCUUCCCCCCAACAAAACCCUCCCCAACGCUCCGCGCUCGCCGGAGCCGCCCGCGGCCGCAGCAGCACUAGUGCCAAAGGUUUGCCAAGCUCUAAUUUAUUCCCUUCCUCGCGUGGAUGACGGGGCGGCGGCUUCCACGGCCCGGUCCGGUCCGGGCCCACCCGGAGGACGCUCCGGUGUCCCCCCCUCCACCCCCCCGGCCCGUCUCUAUUUAUUUUCUAACCGUGCGCGGAGCUCUGUCCCUCCCGUUGGUGGGUUCGGUCCGGUCCCAUCCUUCC